CUCUUUAUGUUGGCUGUGAGGAGGAGGAAGAGACACAUCCAGUCCUGUCAGAGCAGAGAGCAUCACACUCCCUGACCGGACUCCAAGCAGCCCGACGUUCCCUGAACGCCUCAUCAGUUCACUGCAUUCACUCUGCACCCGAUCCAGCAGCUGAUCCAGCCUUCAGACAGGAGAAGAAGAGACAUCAGGGGGGCCAGAGAGUCCGACCAGCAGGCAAGCUGCGGCUGCAGGUGGAAGAAGAGCGGGCGAUGCACCAGCCAAAGCCAGAGGUCAAGAAGAAAAGAGCCAGAGUGGUGAAAAGGUAGAGCGACAAAGAGGAGGGUCAGCCGUGAUCUGAAGCAGAAGCGAUGUGAACAGGAGGAGGCGGCGAGAAACAUAAGAAAUGCUCUCAGAGAUCAUGUGUAGGAGGAUCUUCCAGCAGCAAAGGCGGCAGGACGAGAAGCUGAAGGACGUCGACGUCCGCAGGAAGAGCGGCGAGACGCCUGGCUGGACGGCCGGCUGGACCAAGAGCUGCAGCGGCCGCCUGCAGAGCCGGAGGCAGGGGGGGCGCAGGGCGCGCCUGCCCCGCCACAAGCCCCGCCCCCAUCGCCCGCAGCGCCCCCGCAGGCCGCUGCGGUCCCUGCGUCCGGUCAACAUCCAGGGUAAGGGGGCCCGGGGCAUGCAGGCCCCCCAGAACACCAACCAGUUUCUGAUGCAGGAGAAGUACCAGAUGCAGCAGCUGCGCUCCGACUCGGUGGGUGGCGACAGCGGCUGCAGCUCCGACAGCGACCUGGAGCUCACCGACAUGGACUCAUACCUGGGCGUCCUGGAGAACGCCAGAGGCGGCCUGUUGGACGGCCCCGAGCCGCUGCCGUCGCCAGGACCACCGGGGCCGCGCAUCUUCCUGCAGGAAGACAGCAUCCAGUACGUCCCCUCGGAGGACGACUUGCAGCUGAGCCACAACUUCAUGCAGAGGGACUUUGCUCAGUUCUGCGACUUCCUGGCAGCGUGAGGACGACCUUGUGACCGUAGGAGGCGCUGUUGCAUUUUAACGCAAUGCUUAAAAAAAGGGGGGGAUCAAAAGAAUAAUAAAAUAAUAACAAUAAUAUCUGAUCACUAAUAUUAUGACUACCUUUGGAAAUAUUUACAUAGAUCUGUCACAAAAAACAAUUUUUCUGGAUGAUAAAUUGUCCUAGAAGUUAUUGCAAUAAACAAUAAUAUUGUUGUCAUAAAACCAUUUUUAAGUAUUUUAUUGCUAAUGGUUUAAUAAUGCAAGGACAAAUUCUCAAAGAUUAAAUUCUAAUGAAUAUUUAACACCUGAACUGAAAGACAUUUUAAAUAUCCAAAAUAUACAAAUAUAGCAUAUAAAAUAAUUUAUGAAGUGUGUGAAAAAUAUUGUCCUUCACAAAAGGGCCAGUUGAGACCAAAGACUUUUGUCACCCAGUGUUUGAAAAGAGAAAAACAAUAAAUCAAACAAAUUGAAUAUUAAUUUAUUGUGUGAUAAAUUGAUUUAUUGCAACACAAAACAAUUAAAUACUUGAGUAGUAGAGUUUAGUAUUUUACAAUAAGUUUCUGAUAAGAGCUUUCAUAUUCAGUGACUGUAUAUAUUAUAUAUUCCCUGAUGGUCAUAAUCUUUGUGGUCAAAUGUUACUUUUGGUUCUUUUUUUGUUUUAUUUUUCCUUUUGCGUUUGUUUCUAUCCGCCCUGCAAACGAUAUGUUUGUGUUAAAAUGCAACAGCUCCUCUUAUGGUCACAGAAUAUGUUGUAACACCGUCCAGUUUACAGAAUCUGACCGGACUCUAACCGAACCGAACCAAGAUGGACCUGAGUUAUUGUUUUCUACCAUUUUUAUUUGUGUUUCUCCUGUCUUUGCUGUGGACAUUCGGACAUAAACGUCUCCGGUCUCUGAGGCGUCUCUGUCUCUUGCUGUUGAACACAAAAAGAAAUGGUGGGCAUGAGCCCCAACAGCCAAUCAGCAUCCAGCUGGCCAGAUCAGGCUCAGAUGAUUGGCCGAUGAGAACUCUGUGACGCUUUUUACUGUAUGCAGAAUGGAAAUAAAUAAAUGUUUGCUAUUA